UUAAAUUUCUCUUUAACAGCUCUACAAAAUGGUAUUCAAGAAAAUAGGGUUUCCAAAUCAAAUUUGGGGGAAUUUUAAUGUUCUAAAUUGUUUAUAAUCUCGAGAAAAUCACUGUGGAAUAAGACGCAAAAGAAUCGAGUUUAAUUGUAUUGGAAUGACAUUGACAGAAACUCCAGUUUAGUACGUUCACAGCAUGCCUCCAUUUCUUCCGACGCCAUCCAAACCGAACAUCGUCGCUAAUCGUAGCACCACGACGCCGAUAACCACGUGGAGCGUCGCGACGCCUAUCAACCGAUGGCGACGAUGAACGUUGGAUUCGAAACCCCUCGAUCGGCAAGAACGCGAGGAGCCAGUCGAAAGAAUCGCGAGCGACGGCGAGUACGCGGACGUCGUGCCAAAGACGUCGGCGUCUCGGCGCUCAUGUACGCUGCACAGCAAGGGGACGUCAACGUCGUCAGGAAGAUUAUCGGGGUUGAGACACCUUCAUUGUUUUACCGCGACGGCACUGGCAAAACAGCUCUUCAUUAUACCAGCACCAGCGGCAGUCGCUGCGCCGCUCAAGCUGCUGAUCUCAUGGUCAUGGCCGCUCCGGAUUUAGUCGACGGAAGGGAUGAUGACGUGUAUAUUUUGGUAGGACACGCUGAUGCCACUGCCCUUCUUCUCGCUCACGGAGCCGAUCCCAACCGACAAGAUCGAAAAGGACGAAGUCCCGCUCAUUGCGGCUGUGCCAAAGGUCAAUUUGAAACCGUUAAACUUAUAGGAACCCACGGAGCAAAUCUGUGGUUGAGGAACGCUAGAGGAGACUUUCCUCUUCAUGAUGCUGCAGCAUCGGGAAGAAGAGAGCUGGUUCAGUGGUUGUUGGAAAUGAGGCCCAGCCAAGUAAAUGCUAGAAACAACGAUGGUAGGUGUCCGAUUCAUAUGGCAGCGUUGAACGACAACGCAGAUAUGUGUAAGAUUCUUCUAGACGCAGGCGCUCAAAUAAAUCCAGUCCUUAGAACUUCCAAAAACGUAUUUAUGACCCCACUAGACUGCGCUCUCCAAAAAGGUUACAGAUCCACUGCCAAAUAUUUGCAACUAAACGGUGGAAUACCAGCCACACGUCUCAACGAUCCAACCAAUCCACAAAUCAACAGUGCCUUAAACUUACAAAUCAGAGACGACGUUACUUUCUAUGGCGACACAUCAUCAGAAAGCGAGCGAGACAAAGUUGGGGUAGAUAAACCAGAGAAGAAGACUGUUAGGAAGAAAACAGCGUUGAAACAGGAGAAGAAACGUUUGUCAGUGUCUGGUAGUGAUAAAGAACCUUUGAUCAAACAGAAAUCUGUUGAGAAAUCAACAGAUAAAAGAAGAACUCCUACUAGGAUCGAUUACAGCAACGAAAUUAUCAUCAAUGGAAAAUCUCAACUCAAUUUGACCCAAACUAAUGAAAUUAUAUUAGAUAAAGAAUCAGUUCAAACUCAGACAUCAGCCAAAUUCACAGAAAAAGAUAGAAGACCUAAAAGCGCUAAGUACAGUCGUCUUAGAGAUAAAUCGGCCCAAUCAAGCUUAAACAAAGAAACCAUGAUCAGCAUCUCUAGUCAAGCUAGCGUUUCUAAACAAGACCAUAGUACUAGUACUUCGGAUGAAAUUAGUGAAUCAAUAAAAGAAAAAACUGAAAUUAAAGUCGAUACAACUGAAGGCAGUAAACUAAUUGGUCAUAAAGUGUUGCAAGAUCAGGGUUCUAUAAUGUCGUUUACUAGUGAAGAUGCCGAGGAACCUAAGAAAGACAUUGUUGUUGAAGCUUCAGUACAUCCACAGCCAAAAUCGUUAGAAACUACUGAUAAAGAUAUUAAAAUAAAUGUAGAGAAAGGUGAAACAAUCGAAGAUGUAGUAAAGGGAGAAAAAAUUGCAGUAAUAGAAAGUGAAAAUUCUACUAAAGAUCGUUUGGUUGGUUCAAGUGAAGAUAGAAACAUAAUCUUAGAAGUAAACGAAGAAAUUAAAAUGUCUGUUGUAAAGCAUGACAAGCAGUUACCUCAAGUUGAAAUAGAUGGGUCGAAAGCAGAAGUUAUUACGGAAAGUAAAGCAGAGGAUGAUGGAAAAGCAGAGGAUGAUGGAAAAGCAGAGGAUGAUGGAAAAGCAGGGGAUGAUGGAAAAGCCAGAGAAGAUGGUAAAGAUCGAAUUGAAGAAAAUGGUACCAGUAAAGCUGGAACUGAAGUUCAACAAGCAGAGCCAAUAGUUGCUGAUACCUCGCGAAUUACUGAUCGAAUUAAAACAGACGACGACAAACCCAUACAAUUUGACGAAAAAGAAAAAGAUGACCUUAAGGAAGAGAAAUUAAUGAGUUCAAAAGAAAAACAGGAACCAAGCGUGCUCAAAAAGAAACAAAAAGAUAAAGACGAGAUAACUGAUCAGUCACCAACUUCGCAAGAUCAGUCAAAAGAAUCAGCCGAAAUGGGAAAGAAGAACGGUAAAAAAAGCGAUUCCACAGACAAAGAUAAGAAACAAAACAAACAACAAACGAAAACAGAAGAUUUAAGCGAUUCUUCGAUAUUCUCAGACGAAGAAAGAACCCACCGAAGUUUCCGAGUUCUAAACGAUAAGGAAUUAGAUGAAAUCGACGAUUCUAGAAAGAAAAAACGUCAUAAAAAAGACGACGAAAUCAGAUCUAGAUCGCUGGAGACCAGAAGCAAAGAUAAGUUAAAGAGAAGCAAAAUCCCCACACCUCUAUUCAAAAGCAGCUUAUCAAAAAGCGAUAGACAUCUUAACCAAUCCUAUAAAGAAACCAAUCUAGACGUCAGAAUUCCAUCGUUGCCAAAUAUACGAGAUGAAAAACAUUUGAGAUGCGAUUCCAACAUGUCCGCUCCGUUACUGACUUCCAUUUUGAGCGAUAAAGAAAGAGACAGCAUCUCUGAUGGCGAAGACGAAUCUAGAAACAAAAGUAAGCGAUUUAUUAAGAGGAGGUCGAAAAAUCGCGAUUCUAGAAGCGCUGGAAGUGAUUAUGAGAGCAGCAACUUGAUCGAUUCGGGGUUCGAACCGAGUCCUAGGAGUACGAGGGUACCGAAAUGGAGGAACGUUUCAGAACGGGGGGUUAAUAUGACGUCGGUUACUCAAAGUAUACAGACGAAUAUUAGAAGAUACCAUCUAGAACGAAAGAUAUUCCAACAGCUCCUCGAACUGAAACGUCAGCAAAUCCGUGCUGGGCAACACAACGAAGCUGUUCUCGUCAAAAGAGCCAUAGACGCCUACCACCAAUCCUGCGCUUCCACCGUAGGCGUGGGACGGUACGUGGCUGAGGAUUAUACCUUCAAAAGCUUCGAAAAGUUCCUGUACGAAGCUUUGCGAAGGUUACAGAAGAACGGAGCGGAAUAUAUGAAAGGUUUGCCUGAAACGCCCAUUCAUCCAUUGUUGUGUACCAAGAGUACCAACAGGUGUUUGCAUGCCGCGCAUGCGUAUACUGGAGUGCCUUGCGCGGCUUAUUUACCGAAAAUGGACCAUCAUACAAUCCCCAAGAUAGGAUUCAACAGUUCUGUGGAAUGCAAACCGGGUACUGGAGGGUUUCUACCUACCAUAAAUCCAAAGAAAGCCGUAACCUUAGAACUCAGCCAUGGUAACGAUAAACAAGUCAUUUCUCUACCUACAGACAAACUGGACCAAAAUAAAAGAUACUACGUGACUUUUACUGUCAAGGGACGCGAACUAACUUCAGAUGUGGACAACCACGAUAACAAUAAUAAUCAUGAAGACGAUUCAGCUCAUAGACAUUCCAAAAGUGAUUAGAACUGUGUUAGAAUUGAUUAUACGGCCAAAAAGUUUGUAUUGUAUAAGAAUUUUUAUUUUGUCUAUACUUAAAAAAAAAUGGUACAGUCGCAGUCUGACCUAAAAUCCUAAAUUCUAUGAUAACAAAGGCCCCAAAACGGAUUCUUGUAGUACUUCAUGAUUUAUUUCUCUAUAAAUUCCGUGAUUUUACAAAGAAAGAUUUAUUAUUAAAUACUAACAUUGGAAUUUAAAACAAAUCUGAGUAUUUAAAGUUGUUUUUUAACAGAGGUUAUAACCUAUUUUUUACGUUUCUUUUUUUUUAAUUUUUGGAUAUACCCUGUAUAUCAUAUUACGGUAUACCUAUAUGAUUGUUAAGUUUUAAAAUUUUAGUAAUUAAUUUCCGUUUUUACACUAUGCACCAGCACAACAAAAUUUUCUCAAAUGGUGCAGACUUUUUGACCGACACUGUAUAUUUGUAGUAUAAUCGAGUAUUUCGUUACUUUAAACACUUUUCGUGAUUACCGAAACAGCUUUAAUGGCCGUUUUUCAUUCCUUUAUGAAAGGGACUUUUUUUUGUUAGAUAUCAAUAAAUUGUUGUCGAAAUAUCGAAAAUUAGGUUCGAAUUGAUGUUUAUUUUAUAAAAGUUAACUGG